AUGGCUGCUUCCACCACUCAAUUCGGAACGUGGCAAACCUCUCUUUUAGUGUAUUUGUGGAGAAUUUGUGAAGAGCACAAAGGAGUUGAUACAAAUUAUGACAUAACGAAACGUUUUGAGCAAAGUUUAGCAACCUCCAAACAAUUGGUGUCAUUGCUAGAGGAAAAUACAAAUAAGGAGACCAAUGUAACAUUUUAUUAUUUGAGCAGGAAAUUCACAGAUGUCGAUGAGGUUUAUGGAAAAAUUAGAAAUAUAAAGAAAAAUAGUUUCAUGUCGGAGCACUCUAAGAAGGUUUGCAAGACCUGCCUGAGACACAUGAUCAAUCUCAAUCAAAGCAUCAAUCAUUUAGAUAAUUUGGCACAAACUUCAUUUGAAUUGAGUGACAAUACACAUAAGGAGUUAUUAUUGAACUUGUGGAAAACACUCAAACCAAAUCAAACGCUCACAUUUAUUGAUGACAGAGAAGAAUUGACAUCUUCCGAUUGGAAGGAAAUUGGCUUCCAAGGUCUUCACCCAAAAACCGAUUUUAGAGGAAUGGGAUUAUUAGGGUUACUAAAUUUACACCGAUUUGUGACGUUGCAUACUAGAGAAGCGCGAGGAAUGUUAGAAGAUGCAUCAGAUCCGACCAUGUGGUAUCCAUUUGCAAUUUCAGGAAUCAAUAUCACUGGAAUUCUUAUCAACAUGAUUAGAUCUCAUGAAAUUGUGGAAGUCUUUUAUAACUUAAAUUUUGAACAGGACGAAAAAACUCACCAAACAACCACCGAGAAUAUUUUCCAAGGACUCUACAAUUAUGUUUUCAUCAAUUUUCAUGAGUAUUAUGUUAAAAAUAAUGGCACCGUCAUGAAAUUCAACAUACUUUUACAAGAAUAUUUACGACAACCUUCUGUAAAGCAUGCUUUAAAGACUCACACCAACUCACCCUACUCGUUACUCUAA